AUGCCCUCUCACCUAGCUCAAUUCCAAUUUCCCCAAGGAUAUGGUGAAGCCCCGAUGACAGUGUACCAAGCGGAAGGCAUCAUUGCCUCAAUCCCAGGAGUCACCGACAAGAUCGUCAACUGGUUUAAAGGGGAAUACCGCCAGGCGAACUCCUCUGAUAGGCUCAAGAAGGAGGUAAUGAUGCGGCAAAUGAUGCAAUAUUACAUUAGUGCUCUGAAAACGACGGGGAAGGACAAAACCACCGACCUUGAACCCCUCGUGGUUCGAAUUCUUCAAGAGGCCCUCCGAAUUCAAGAGGGCUCUUUUAACUGGGCAGUUAUCGCCGAACCCCCUGCUAAACCGAUCUACGAAGAUUUCCUCGCCGCAUGGGAUGCCCCCGGCGACGAUGAGCCCGAAGUCGUCACCAAACCAUCUAAUCCUCAGGAGAAUGCGAAGGGGAAGGGCCGUGAGACUGGGACACCCGUGGAUGAAACUCCGAAGCACACCACCCGAGGAGCCAAACGUAAAUUGGAGGAGGAGGAGGACGCCGAGGUGGAAGGAGAAGAAGAAGAAGAAGAAGAAGAAGACGAGGAGGAGGGGGAGGAGGGGGAAGAGCAGAAGCGGGAUGAGGGGCCGAAGAAAAGGUUGACGGGGGCGACGAAGAGAGUGAGGAUCAAGUCCGCGGCGGAGGUGAAUUCCGGGGAUGAGGGAGGUGAUGGUGGCAAUCGUUCCACCCCAAAGCGGCCUCAUCCAGAUGGGGUUUGCCAGGCAUGUAGGAAUGCGGGGCAAGUUUGUCUCCUCAGUGUCUCAGGUCGAACUGCUUGCGACCGAUGCAACGGGCGGAAGGAAAGGUGUAGUCUGACCAAGGGUAGAGGGGGUGAGAAAGGCGAAUCGACAACCAAGGGUAGCGGUGAGAAGGGGGAAUCCGCGAAAAAGGCUGAGCCGAAGAAAUCGGGCAAGAAGCCCACCCUCCCCACGAAGCCCUCUUCGUCGGGAUUGAAGCCGUCGGGAUCCAAGUUGACUGGAACCCAUCUUCUCGGGGAGAAGAUGACGGUAUUCAGCAAUCCCAACUUCGAGGGGAUUUCACCAAUUCCACCGAAGUCGAUUGGGGAGCUCGCGGGGGACAGGGGACAGUCUGAGCCAAGUGUCAGGGUGAGGAGGCGGAGAAGUGAAUCCGUUCGAGAGGGAAGCAUACGGCCUGGACAUGACCAGGAAAUUCCAAGUAUUUCAUUCACUGGGUUAGGUGUAUUCAUUGCCUUUUUCAUAAUUAAUGGAAUUUUCGGCGCUUUCAUUGCUUUUUUCAUAAUCAAUCCAGUGUAA